AUGGAGGAGAAUUGGGGGGGGGUCGGGGAAAAUGGGAGGGGAUGGGUGAGAAUGGGAGGGGAUGGGGGAGAUGAUGAAACGGAGAGGAGGGGCAGGGCGAAGGGCAAGGGAGAAGGGCACUGGGAGCAGAGGAGAGGCAUACUUCUCUCCCCCCACCACUCCGCAGCAUACUUCUCUCCGCUGCACGACGCUCCCCGCUGGACAUCCCCUCCCUCUCCCCUCCCUCCGCUGCACGUGUCUCCCCUGGACUUCACUCCAUUGCGCAUCAUAUAUCCUCUCGCACUUCCCUCCGCUGCAUUUCACUCCGCUGCACUUCCCUCCGCUGCACUUCCCUCCGCUGCACUUCCCUCCGCUGCACUUCGCUCCGCUGCACUUCGCUCCGCUGCACUUCGCUCCGCUGCACUUCGCUCCGCUGCACUUCGCUCCGCUGCACUCCGCUGGACAUCCCCUCCCUCUCCUCUCGUCUCUCCCGCCCCUUCCAUCCCCUCCGCGCGCGACGGGGAGGAAAGGGCCAGUGAGAACUUCGUUCCUCCCUUUGCGCCUUCAUCCUCGCCUUCUGCUCUUCAUCUAUCGCCCAUUCCGCUCCUUCCGCUCAUUCCGCCUUGCCCGCUCGUCCAGCGGGAAUCGGCGAAGCUGGUCAGAGAGUUCGCAUUUUCCGCCAGCAUCAAACGGCGGGACUGCAGCUUGAAAACCACAAUUAAUACAGGCAUUGGCAGGUUCGGAACCCCGCGAACCGUUUUCUCGCCUGUAAGAUACUCUCCUGCCAAGCCUGCUGCUUGCAACGGCGACGGUGAGACGUGCUGCAGCAGCGUGCUUCUGAAGAGCGUGAGGCCGCUGCUGGAGAAUCUGGCGAAGCACCUCCCUGACGGGCAGCACAAGCCCUCCAGGGUGCAUGUACCUGACGCACCUGAUGUGAAGCGGCCUGGAAUCGGCCGCUUCGGAGGCAAGCCUGCUGCCGCCGUGCUUGCACCUGUGGUCGUCACUGCUGCUGCUGCUGCAGUCACACCGUCUGCUGUGCUUGCGACUGUGGUGGUGCCUGAGGUAGCUCCUGUGGCUCCAGUGGCUUCAACCACACCACAGGUGCCUGAAGCGAGUGUGACCACAGCAGUGAUGCCCGAGGAGGCGAGUGCACGUGCUGCUGAUCCGAGUGAGAAAGCGAGGUGGGACAAGCUGCGUCAGGAGGUUCGAGCUAUGGAUUGUGAAUGGGCCAAAAAGUUGAGAGCACGUGCUGCUUACCUGAGAUGGGCCAAGCUGGACCAGGUGACGUGGGCCAGGGACAUUGAAGCCGCCAUUGAAGCUUCCCUUCCUGCCUGGAUCGUGACUGGCAAAACCGUCUCACCAUCUGCUGCUGCUACAGUCACACCCUCUGCUGUGGUUGCGCCUGUGGUGGUGCCUGAGGCAUCACCUGUGGCUCCUGUGGCUCAAGUGAGCGUGACCACAACAGCGAUGGCCAAGGAGGCGAGUGCCCGUGUUGCUUAUCUGAGUGAGAAAGCGAGGUGGGACAAGCUGCGUCAGGAGGUUCGAGCUAUGGAUUGUGAAUGGGCCAAAACGUUGAGAGCACAUGCUGCUUACCUGAGAUGGGCCAAGCUGGACCAGGCGACGUGGGCCAGGGACAUUGAAGCCGCCAUUGAAGCUUCCCUUCCUGCCUGGAUCGUGACUGGCAAAACCGUCUGCCCUGCAUCUGCAGCAGCAGCGACUGUAGCAGAGUCCGCAGCACCAGCUGCUCCAUCGCCCGCAGCUGCAACAACUGUGAAAUUACCUGCUGCGACAUCACCAGUGAGAGGAGCUUCACCAGCACCACAGGAGUCAAGACCUGCUGUUGCAGCAAGGUGCAAGGUGGGGGGUGAAACCGUGAAGGGAAAGAAUGGGUGCAGUGGCAAGGCGGUGAGCACUGGUGUGAAGGGUGGCAAGGGCAGCAGCAAUGCUGCAGUCUCUGGCCCAUGUGCAGCAGCAGCAGCAGUUGCGGGAUCACGUGGUGCUGCAUCAUCAGUGAGAACAGCUGGCAAGGCCAGCAGCAGCCACGCAAGUGGGGUGAAGAGGAGAGAGGAGGGUGGGUGUGGGGAGGGAGCAGCAGGGAGGGCAACAGGUGGAAGGCAGGGUGGUGUGAAGGCAGCAGGUGGCAGAGCAGUGGCAAGUGGCGUGUGUGGCAGGGAGGGGGUGAAGCAGCAGGCGGGGAGGAGAGAGGGUUUGGUGCAUGAGAGGCAGGCGAAGCCAGGCUGCAGCAGCAGCAGGGAGCACAGAAGGAGCUCCUGA